CUGGCGGUCUUCAGUCUAUCUUCAGUUGGACCGCGAUGAACAACUAAUUGAUAUUUCGGAUUAUUUUUUUUUAAUAGUAGCGAUAGUAACAGUGUUCCAAUUGCGGUGAUAGUGAAGUUCCACUUUGGUUGUUUUUUUUUUUAUUUUUUUUCGGUACGAACUCGCACAAUGUGGAUUAAAUACUGUGUGCUAGCAAGCUGUUUAAUAACAGCAUUGUUAGCCGUAGACGAACACCGUCCCAAAAAGAAAGAUGAACGAGGUAAAAGGAACCUAGAAUACAGCAUAUCACACCAUUAUUCCGGUCCGCACAGUUAUCGAGCUGACAGAAGAAUAUCCACCGGAUCCCAACUUCCAUACCACAACCCACCGUUCUUUCCAGGUCCUAGAUCAUACUCAUCGUCGUAUCACAAAGAUGGCCUCAACGAUUUAUCCACUGACACCAACCACAUCAGCGAACACAUUUACGGACCACACAAGACUAAAAUCAUCGAACGACCGGUGUUCAUUAAAGAACCAGAACCUAUUAUCGAAAUUAUUAUAAAAGAGUCUAAUGUCACCCUGCCACCACCACCUACCACACCACCACCAAAAAAGAAGAAGGAGGAAGUUCAAGUAUUUUACGUCAAAUACAAGAAAAACCCCAAUUCACACGGAAAGGACAGUAUUAUUUAUGAUAAACCAAUUCCGGCUAUUACUCCAAAAGUACCUCAUGAAGAAGAGGAGGAAGAUCACCACCAUCAUCACCACUACCAACAAGAACACGUAACACUGCCACCACCACCAAGUACCACUUUGAGAACAAUCAUCAAACCUGACUCGGAGGUGUACCACAGUCCUAGUGGAAUUAAAGUAACAUUCGGAAAAGAAAGUUUCGACUACAGCAAACGUCAAAUUAACAAACCCGACGAACAUCACCAACAUCAACACGCUUCUGAAAUAAAUCAUUCCGUUCAAUUCCCACAAGGAAGACAAUUAUCAUCUUUUCCAAGUUAUCAAAAGAGAGCGCCUGGUCCAGGACCGAACUUCAAUUUCCAAUCACCCAAUAACAACUUCAGACAAGAACAAAGAGCACCACAAGCAUAUAGGCCAUUUAACGCACCACCCCCUCCACCACCACAAUUCAAACCACCAUCUACAUCCUUCGGUAGACCACCACCACCUCCGCAGUUCUCCUCGCCAAGCAAAUAUCCAUUCCAAUCACCACCUUACGUUAAACCAUCAAGCCCAUCAUUCAACGGACCAUCAUUCAACAGACCCCCACCACCACCACCACCAGCACAAUUCCCUCCAAACGGCAGCCCUUACCCUCAAUUCCCCACGGGACCUUCCAACCCACCACCACCAACCUUCCAAACCCCAAGACAACCGGUUCCUUACAAACCGUUCGAUCAAAUCAGACCAUCUCAACCAACAUUCCAUCCAAAUCAUCAAACUGAAGGUUUCCAAGGCAGUCAGCCUACUUUUGGACCAUCGCAAGCACCAGCUUUCGCCCAUCAUCCAUCUCAAUCACCACCUCAGCCAACUCAACAAAUUCAUCAUCAAUCCAUUAGUCAGCCACCCAAACAAUUCGGUCAGUCCAAUCAACAGUUGCCAUCACAAGAUUCAUCAAGGAUUCAAUUUAGGCCUGAAACUCAAUUGUCUACUUUCCCUACUCAUUUACAAUUGCCUUUACCCCAGCAAUCAAAUGUAUUUAAUAGCCAUCCAAGUCAACAACCGUCUCAUCAAAGCCAAUUAGAAAUUCAACAACAGAGGCAGCAACAGCAACAUCAGCAGCAACAACAACAGCAGCAAUUACAACAACAGCAACAGCUGCAACAAACUCACCAGCAGCAACAGCAACAACAGCAAUAUACAUUCCAACAAAACAACCUGAACCAGCAACAAUUCCAAAAUAAUCAACAAAACGAACAUUUGUUGAACCUUCAACACGCCCAAAAUGCUAUCCCACCUGGCGGAGAGCUGAUUCAAGCUUUGCCCAAGUAUGAAACUCAUUUCUCUGUAAUUGAACCCGGAAGCAGCCAACAACCACAAACCCUUCCACUUCAGUCUCAGCCAAACUUGUUAGGUCAGCAAAAUAGUAAUCAGUUACAGAUUCCGCAACUUCAACAGACUCAAAAUACCAACGUUCAGGCGCAACUGUCUUCCCAGGAGUUUGGACAAAAGAUUCAACCACAAUACAGCAGUGGAGUUCAGAAUAUAAAUGUUGAAUCAAGAGGCAACGCUCAAUUUAACAGUCAAAUUCAAGAUGCUAAGCAAUACAGUGAAAGUACUAAACAAAGUAACACGCAACAAAUCUUGCAACAAUAUUACCAACAUGGAAAUGUUCAAAUUCAACAAAAUCCAAACUAUCAACAACAGAGUAUUUAUUCUACACCCAGACCUGUAACGAGACAACCAAGCACAACUCAAAGAAUUAUAUAUCAGAGUACCACUUCAGCCACGACAACGACAACAACGGAAGAGCCUGCCACACCUUCAACUACAACUAAGGAUCCUAAGAUUUUAGAAGCUCAAUUGCCUGAUGAAGUUCCCGAAGAUCUCAGAGCACAAUUGUUGUCUUCAGGUAUUUUGAACAACGCCGACAUUUCGAUCUUAGAUUACGACAAGGUUGGAGACAUUCCUCUGUCCGCUUUACCUCCAGACCAAUUGGCCAACUUCUACCAAGCCGGCGGUGGUUCCCAAAUCGGUGCUGAAAGCGAACCGGUACCAUCUGUAGUCAACACUGAUGGCAAAGCAGUCUCACAGCAAGAUUUCGACUUAGAUUCAGCUGGUUCAGAAGUGGAAGAAGUAAAAACAAAACCCGGUGUAGAAAUGAAAGUCGUUCACUACAAUCCCGAAACCGAUCAAGGCCAAAAAGUCCAAGAAACAUACGUAAAAGGCACAGCCACACAAGUCGAUCCCGUCGUAUUAAACGACAACUCCUACAACAGAUACCUUCCACUGAAAGUUAACGGCACCCAAUUCCCAAUACCCGAUGUUCCCGAACUCAAGGGCAAGAAAAUCUCCAGUGUCGUUAUCCUAGCCCCUGUCGCUUACGAUUUUUCUUCCCAAAGAAAAACCAGAAACGCCGAAUCAAGCGACGAGUUAGACCUCAUCCAGGGCGAAGCGUUGAAAACUCUGCUUAACAACCCCACCAUGGAGAACUACAAGAAGUUCUUAGAAAACGAGAACGGCACCAGGAGUGACAAGCAAGCUGUUAUUCUUCUUGUAACUGGAUUGUUUAAUAGGGCACCAGGAGCUAAAAAAGAAGACAAAGAGAUUUACAUGUACGAAGUGUCCACCCAAACUGUGAGCAAACUGAGCGGCGAACUGUCUUCCGCAUUCGUGGACGCAGCCGAAGCCAACGCCGACAAAGAUGCCGAAGUUGAAUCCACAGUUGCUGCUUCUAACAGAAUUGAAACUAGGGUUCCGUACACCGGAGAAAUUGACCGCAAGGACACCUUCGAGACGUCGGACUUGAACGGGGAGGCUUCCGAAUUUGACGAAUCUAAAAUUCCAAUCAUUGAUCCGAUGCAGGGCGACUUGGACACCGAAGCUUCUGAACAGCUCGAAAGUUUCGUCGACUUCUCUGGUAGGGCGUUGAACCACGACGACAUGAUUGUGUCAGAGAGCAGAGUUCAUCCAAAGGAGAACAAAGUUUUGAUCGAAUCUGGAUACAGCAAGACUGGACGCUCGUAGUUUGCCAUUUUGCGUUUUGAAAUCGGGUUUUAGUUGUGGUUAUUCCAGCGGUUUGCAAAUUCUGUUGCCAUGAUGUAACAUUGGAUGCAAUUCUAAAAUUAUAAGCUCAGGGCUGUGCAAUAUUAAUAAAAGAAUGGUCUUCUGUUGACUGAUGCAAUUUUACUGUAUGAAAGUUAAUUAAUUAAUUAAACGGAGGUUUUAAAUAUUUUAAUAUUUAAUAUAUUGUUGCAUAAAAAAAUGUGUAUGAUUUAAAUUAGUAUUGCACGGCUAAACUUUUUAAUGUUAAUUUCCUAAGCACUAUAUCAUGGUAACAGAUGAAUUUUAAAAAUGUAACAUUAACACACUUCCUUCAUUAAAUUAUUUUUUUCAUUUUCACGAGUUUUUAAAAGUCGCCAAAUCUUUCUACAUGCUUCGAAUAGACUUUUAAAAACAAUUCAUCUUUAUCGCUUUAUUGUCUUGUGAAUUUUUAGGUUUAAGUUAAAAAUUUUGGUGUUCUUUUUCCAAGAGAAGACCAAAAUAAUUUGUACAGUGUAUGAUAAUUUGUAUUAUUUUUAU